AUGUCUUCAACAACAGCAUCAAGCACAGCUCCUACAUCAGUAUCGCUGCUACUGGAACAGCAAGUAACAUUUCAGUAUGCAAACGAGUGCGACUUGGAAAUCCAUUGCUCUCCCUUUGGUCUUAGUGGAUUAUACAUCAGAUUGGGUGGUACAAAUAUCAUGGGUAUAGGGUCAACAAUGGGGCUAAUAACGGGAAGCACAAAGGGACUUAUACACUAUAACAAUAGCAAUGAUUUCUUGGGCAAGAAAUACAAGUUAUAUAUUGUUGUUGAAGGAACCAGUUUAAGGAUAGAUUUCACACCAAUUAUGGAAGAAAAAGCCAGCUCUUCAGUUGCAGAAGACGACGAUAAAGAGGAAGUACCCACCUUGGUGUUUAAUGGACCAUGUCCUGAAGGACGACCGGAUGAGAUUGAGCCGUUUAUAGGUAUCUUUUCCUUUGAAAGAGAAACUGAGUAG